CUAUGCCCAGGACUGGUCUAACCUCCGCUGCCUCACGGUCAUCCCCCUGCAGCCACCCUUCCCAGAGUCCUUUGCCCAGGCCACCCCAGGCUUUUUGGCAGCCCUGCCGGGCCACUUGUCUUCAGGUCUGCCAGGGGGAGGUGGGGAGGAGGUGGGAGGAGGGCGUGCAGAGGCGGCCUGGGCUGGGCCAGAGCUCGGGGUGCUGAGCGUGUGACCAGCUAUGAGCAGAGACCAGCCAUGGCCAGCCCGGGGCUGCUGCUCCUGCUCUUACUGAUGGCACUGCCACCGCUGGGGUCCUAUUUGCUGCCUGGACUGGACACUGCCGAAAGUAAAGCCACCAUUGCGGACCUGAUCCUGUCUGCGCUGGAGAGAGCCACCGUCUUCCUAGAACAGAGGCUGCCCGAAAUCAACCUGGAUGGCAUGGUGGGGGUCCGGGUGCUGGAAGAGCAGCUAAAAAGCGUCCAGGAGAAGUGGGCCCAGGAGCCCCUGCUGCAUCCGCUGAGCCUGCGCGUGGGGACGCUGGGGGAGAAGCUGGAGGCUGCUAUCCAGAGAUCCCUCCACUACCUCAAGCUGAGUGACCCCAAGUACCUAACAGAGUUCCAGCUGACCCUCCAGCCUGGGUUUUGGAAGCUCCCACAUGCCUGGAUCCACACCAACGCCUCCUUGGUCUACCCCACGUUCGAGCCCCAGGACUCAUUCUCAGAGGAGAGCAGCGACGCAUGCCUGGUGCAGCUGCUGGGAACCGGGAUGGACAGCAGCGAGCCCUGCGGCCUCUCGGACCUCUGCAGGAGCCUCAUGACCAAGCCUGGCUGCUCGGGCUACUGCCUGUCCCACCAAAUGCUCUUCUUCCUCUGGGCCAGAAUGAGGGGAUGCACACAGGGACCGUUCCAACAGAGCCAGGACUAUAUCAACCUCUUCUGCGCCAACAUGAUGGACUUGAACCGCAGAGCUGAGGCCAUCGGAUACGCCUACCCUACCCGGGACAUCUUCAUGGAAAACAUUAUGUUCUGUGGAAUGGGCGGCUUCUCCGACUUCUACAAGCUCCGGUGGCUGGAGGCCAUUCUCAGCUGGCAGAAACAGCGGGAAGGAUGCUUCGGGGAGCCUGAUGCUGAAGAUGAAGAAUUAUCUAAAGCUAUCCAAUAUCAACAGCAUUUUUUGAGGAGAGUGAAGAGGCGAGAAAAACAAUUUUCAGAUGGCUGCUCCUCCCACAACACAGCCACAGCGGUGGCAGCGCUGGGUGGCUUCCUAUACAUCCUGGCAGAAUACCCCCCGGCAAACAGAGAGCCACACCCAUCCACACCGCCACCACCAAGCAGCCGCUGAGACGGACGUUUCCACACCUGCUGCCUGGAGGAGGAACAGACCCCUUCAGUCCUCCUCCCUUAGAUCCAGGAGGGCAUGGCUGACAUCCUGGGAAGCAGGCAUCUGGAAGCAAAGCCACCCUGACGCCCCAUCUUGGAAGCCCUGAGUACGCAGGACCAGGGUAGGUGGCGGCCGGGAGGGACUCAGUGUGAAUGGAUGAAUAAAGUUUGACUGCAACUGA